AUGGCCUCGGAGGCGGACCUGCGCGCCCGACUGCAGCGCGCCGGCCAGCAGCACCUCCUGCGCUUCUGCGCCGAGCUGGCGCCGGAGCCCCGCGCCGCGCUGCUGGCCCAACUCGAGGCCCUGGAGCCCGAGGCGCUGCGCCAGCACUGCCAGCGCGCGGCUGCCGCCUGCGCGCGUCCCCCGGGCCCGCCGCCCGACCUGGCUGCGCGGCUGCAGCCCCUACCUCCUGAGCGCGUGGGCAGCGCGAGCGAGGGUGACCCGCAGACCCGGCGGCUCUGGGAGGAGGAAGGUCUCCAUCAGAUCGCCCUGAACAAGGUGGCCGUGCUUCUGCUGGCCGGUGGGCAGGGCACCCGCCUGGGCGUGACCUACCCCAAGGGCAUGUAUCAGGUGGGGCUGCCCAGCCAGAAGACCCUGUACCAGCUGCAGGCAGAACGGAUCCGGCGGGUGGAGCAGCUGGCCGGCGAGCGCCACGGGACCCGCUGCACCGUGCCCUGGUACAUCAUGACCAGUGAGUUCACGCUGGGGCCCACGGCCAGGUUCUUCAAGGAGCAUGACUUUUUCCACUUGGAUCCCAACAACGUGAUCAUGUUUGAACAGCGCAUGCUGCCUGCUGUGACCUUCGAUGGCAGGGCCAUCCUGGAGAGGAAAGACAAGGUCGCCAUGGCGCCAGAUGGCAAUGGGGGCCUGUACAGCGCGCUGGAGGACCACCAGAUCCUAGAGGACAUGGAGCGGCGAGGAGUGGAGUUCGUGCACGUGUACUGUGUGGACAACAUCCUGGUGCGGCUGGCCGACCCGGUCUUCAUAGGCUUUUGCGUGCUGCGGGGCGCCGACUGCGGAGCCAAGGUGGUGGAGAAGGCGUAUCCUGAGGAGCCGGUGGGCGUGGUGUGCCAGGUGGACGGCGUCCCCCAGGUGGUGGAGUACAGCGAGAUCAGCCCCGAGGUGGCGCAGCUGCGCGCGCCAGGUGGGGGUCUGCUGUACAACGCAGGCAACAUCUGCAACCACUUCUUCACCCGAGACUUCCUCCGGAUGGUCACCAGGGAACUCGAGCACCUGCUGCAGCCACACGUGGCCGUGAAGAAGGUGCCCUGUGUGGACGAGCACGGGAACCCGGUGAAGCCGCUCCAGCCGAACGGGAUCAAGAUGGAGAAGUUCGUGUUCGACGUGCUCCCGUUUGCCAAGAACUUCGUGGCCUUCCAAGUGCUGCGGGAGGAGGAGUUCUCCCCCCUCAAGAACGCCGACUCGGCAGACAGGGACAGCCCCUCCACGUCCCGGCGGGCCCUGCUCGCCCAGCACUGCCGGUGGGCCCUGCGGGCGGGCGCCCGCUUCCUGGACGUGCACGGGGCCCAGCUUCCCGAGCAGCCCAGCCUGCCUGGCAGCACGGAGCCUCCGGCCAUCUGUGAGAUCUCACCCUUGGUGUCAUACGCUGGAGAGGGGCUGGAGGAGUACCUGCGAGGUCGCGAGUUCCGGCCCCCACUCAUCCUGGACGAGGCCAUGGCCAGGGAGCUGCAGCCCUGA